AUGUCUGAUCCCCAGAAUCUCCACUUUGAGACUCUCCAGUUGCACGCCGGCCAUGAACCAGACUCGCAAACCAAUUCCCGCGCCGUCCCGAUCUACGCAACAACCUCCUACACAUUCAAUGACUCCGCCCACGGCGCCCGACUCUUCGGCCUAAAAGAGUUCGGAAACAUCUACAGCCGAAUCAUGAAUCCCACCGUCGACGUCUUUGAAAAGCGCAUCGCUGCACUAGAAGGCGGUGUUGCCGCCGUCGCGGCCGCAUCAGGCCAAGCCGCCCAAUUCAUGGCAAUUUCGGCCCUCGCUCACGCUGGUGAUAACAUUGUUUCCACGAGCAAUUUGUACGGUGGUACUUAUAACCAGUUCAAAGUCCUUUUCCCUCGUCUGGGAAUUAAAACUAAAUUUGUUUCUGGCGACAACGCUGCCGAUAUCGCGGCUGCUAUUGAUGAUCGUACCAAGGCGGUUUAUGUCGAGACUAUUGGAAAUCCCAGAUACAAUGUUCCGGAUUUUGAGGCCAUUGCUAAGGUUGCGCAUGAAAAGGGUGUUCCGGUUGUGGUCGACAACACCUUCGGUGCAGGCGGCUACUUCGCCCGACCAAUCGACCACGGCGCCGACAUUGUCGUCCACAGCGCAACAAAAUGGAUAGGCGGCCACGGCACAACAAUCGGCGGCGUUAUAGUCGACAGCGGCAAAUUCGACUGGGGCAAGCACGGCGCUAGGUUCCCUCAAUUCAUCGAGCCAUCCGAGGGAUACCACGGGCUAAAGUUUUGGGAAACAUUUGGCUCCAUUGCGUUCGCUAUUCGGGUUCGGGUCGAGACGCUGCGUGAUGUCGGUGCUGCGUUGAAUCCGUUCGCGGCUCAGCAGCUGAUUCUUGGACUUGAGACGCUUAGUCUGCGCUGUGAGCGUCAUGCUACGAAUGCACUGGCCCUGGCUAAGUGGUUGCAGAAGAAUGAACAUGUUAGUUGGGUGUCGUAUCCUGGUCUUGAAGAUCAUCCUUCGCAUGAGAUGGCGAAGAAGUAUCUUCCUCGUGGUUUUGGUGGGGUUCUUUCUGUUGGUGUUAAGGGUGGUGCGGAGGCUGGGAGUCAGGUUGUUGAUGGGUUUAAGUUGAUUUCGAAUCUUGCUAAUGUCGGCGAUUCCAAGACCCUGGCUAUUCACCCCUGGUCCACUACCCACGAGCAACUCACUGAGCAGGAACGCAAGGAUUCGGGCGUCACUGAGGAUGGAAUCCGUAUCUCUGUUGGAACGGAGCAUAUUGAUGACAUUAUUGCCGACUUUGAGCAGUCGUUCCAGGCUUCCAAGGCUGCGGUGCCGGAUCGUACGGCAUAG